AUGUACGUGUAUUUGUUAGGUAUUCCCUUAAUUUUAAUUGUUGUUCACUUUUUAUUUAAUUACAAUGAGACGGCGAUUUUGCUCCGAAAAAUUCCUGGAUUGAAAGAUGCUUUUAUAGUUGGAAAUGCGUUGGAUGCUCUUAAAACACCAGUGCAGCUUUUUACUUUUGGUAGACAAUUAGCCCAGGAAAACAAUGGUAUAUAUAGAUUCUGGAGUUUUCCUUUUGGGGCUGUUAACAUUUACAACCCUGAAGAUAUCGAGGUCAUUCUUUCGUCCAUGAAGUAUCAUGAGAAGAGCGUCAUAUAUGGUUUUUUGAAAUCGUGGCUGCAGGACGGGUUACUAUUGAGUUAUGGAACAAAGUGGCAAAACCGUAGAAAAAUUCUUACACCAGCUUUCCACUUUAAUACAUUACGCAGAUAUUUCAUAAAUUUCGAGGAAAAUGCUAGUCGGCUUGUCGAAAAACUCGAAAAAACAUUGGAUGUUGAAGUAGACAUUAUUCCUAUUAUUUCUGAGUGCACGCUUAAUAGCAUUUGUGAAACAGCAAUGGGAACUAAGCUUAGCGAAAAUUCAACAGGAAAACUGUACAAAACCGCGAUACAUGAAUUAGGGACUAUUUUUACGCAAAGGUUCGUCAGGCUUUAUCUAUACAUAGAUUAUUUAUUUAAGCUCUCAGAGUUGGGAAGAAAACAAAUGAAGAAUCUUACAGUUGUUCACGAUUUUACCCGAAAGGUUAUAAAGAACAGAAUGAAUGAUAUAAAAGAGAAUGGAGCGAAUAUAUUUGAUGCCACUCAUGACAAAGAUGAGGAUAAUGAUGAGUAUAAACUAAUGUAUAGUAAGAAAAAGAAAGCAGCGAUGUUAGAUUUACUCAUUUUAGCAGAAAAAGAUGGUUUAAUUGAUAGUGUGGGCAUAGAAGAAGAGGUUGAUACUUUUAUGUUUGAGGGACAUGACACCACCGCAUCUGGAUUGACUUACUGCUUAAUGUUGCUGGCUAACCAUCCGCAAAUCCAGGACAAUGUAGUGAUGGAGCUCAAAGAGAUAUUUGGUGAAACUAAACGGGCUACCACUGUAGAGGAUCUUAAUGCUAUGCGCUAUCUGGAGCGCUGCAUAAAAGAAUCCAUGCGCCUAUAUCCCCCAGUGCCAUUUAUUAGUCGAAAAUUGACCGAAAACUUAACAUUGAGUAAUUUCUUAGUUCCUGCGGGGACUCUGUGUCACAUUCACAUUUACGAUCUACAUCGCCAAGAAAGUUUGUAUCCAAAUGCAACAGAGUUUGAUCCAGACCGAUUUCUGCCUGAGAUGGUGGCAAAGCGUCAUAAUUACGCUUACAUUCCUUUUAGUGCGGGGCCUAGGAACUGUAUAGGACAAAAGUUUGCAAUGAUGGAGAUGAAAUCAAUACUUACUGCGAUAUUGCGCAAUUACAAGCUACAUCCGAUUACCAGUUGUGCAGAUCUGCUGUUUCAGGCAGAUUUAGUAUUGAGGAAUUCAAAACCAGUAUAUGUGAAAUUUUCGAAGAGAGAAACUGUUAUU